GGCCGACUGGGGGCCCUAGAGCUAAGGCUGGUAGCCAGUCUGACAGGGGAUGGAUCGGGAACCGGGAAAAGUAAGGGAACGCUGCUCGAAAAGGCGGAGUGUGGGAGAGACCUGCCCGGUACACAGCGGCGUGGACCCCCAGGAAGACCAGGACCGGAGCACUGAUUGCGGCGUUCGUUCUCCGUGCGCCUCCAGCCUCCCCGCGCGUCGCAUGCUGGCACCCCCGCCCACCGUGCCAGCUGCAGGCCAGACUCUUCAUCCUCGGUCAGCUCCGCACUGGCCACCUUAGCUGCGGAGCCCAGGGACUGCCGAG